AUGAAUAUUAUCAAGAAGUUCAUGGAAUCUGGUUCAAAGCAGGAGCUGGUUAGCAUCCCUGCUGGCCAACUUUUUCUACUUAGAUCGCGUCAAUCCCCUAAGUCAUCAAGUGAAUGUUUGUAUGAUGACGCCACGUUAACGGUAAGAGAAUCAGGUCACCAUGCAUAUGAAUUAAUCGUAAGAAAGUCUGUUGAGGAAGAUAUAAGUUCUCCCUUUGGUGAAGAUGCAGACGAUGACGAAGAAGAUGGAAAUGAGUUAUCCGGUAAUUUAAACGAGGACGAAUGGGUUUUUAAAUUAGAUCAUAAGCUGCAUUUGCACAAGAAUUGGAACAAAACAGGUGAUUUAGCAAUAGUGUGGAGGAAUACGAAGGGUGAUAAAGGUGAAAAUUUUGAGUUUGUCGUUAAUUCGGACAUUUCUCUGAGAGAUAUUGAGCAUUUCCUACAAGCUAUCUAUAGAUGUGAAUAUGAGACAAAAUAUAAACGAUCAUCUAAUAGCGUCAGUGAUGAGGACUUAAAGCAAUUUGACUUUUCCUAUUUAGCUGCUGACGACGCGGCUGUUGUCUUCAGUGAUGAUGAUGAAGGAGACGUAAGGGAUACAGAGCUAUUGCCUGAGUUUUCUACAUUGUCAAUUAAUACUAAUAACGCUGAUGAAACGGAUGAAGAAGAUGUAGAUGAAUAUUUCGGGAAUGAUGAUGGCGAUGUAUUUGAGGAUGCUAGGGAAGAAGUUGACGAACCUCGUGGUAAGUUGCCCACUCCUCCCCCGCAAGCUUCAAAUAGUGCACUGAAGUUCCUGCAAUAUGGUAAUGUUUAUGUUUACGAUCCCAUUGCUGAAAAGUACAUACUACAGGAGACAAAUGUCAAGGUUUCAGUUGUAAAUACGGAUGACUUUCAAUAUUGGCUACACAUUACAGGAGAAGAUUUUAGGUUGAGUACGUUUAUAUCACCUGAAGUGAAUCCAAUACUUGAGCAGGUUCCUAGGUCUCUUACAUUUAACUAUUCACACGAUACUGUUGUGCUGUCAUACAAAGUGACUUUCAAAAAUGAAGCUAUAUUCAAUCAUUUCCAAAAUCAUUGGACUAUAGCCUUAUGGGAAUCGCUAAAUAUGAGGAAAUGGUCUGAUCUGCUGGAUUUCGAUCAGAAUUACAUCCUGAAUGCUAUGGUGGAUAAAGGUUAUGAACUCGACGAAUUUUUGAAAGAAAACAAUGCUGAGAAAUCACAUCCUACACAGGAGGAAGAAGACAGUGAUUAUGAAGAAGAAGGCGAUGAAGAGGAAGCUCAUGAAGAGGAAGCCGAGUUUUCGAAACGCGUUAUUCAUUCCUCUCAUUUGGAUGAUGAAUAUGAUUCCUACGAUGAAGAUAAAGCAGAAAAAGAAUAUAUGAAAUCGACUUCAUUAUUAGGCAAUAAAUCUCUUACAAUAGGUUAUAAAUUAGAUCGUUCCUACAUCAUUAGAGAUAAUAGGCUCGGUGUUUUCAAGGCUAAUGAUGACGGUUUAUCCUUUGUCACCUCUAUUGGUAAUAUCUCUAAUUUAAAGGGUGAAGGUAUAAACCCUGAAAGCACAAUGCUAUUUACUGAAGAUCGUGCUAUGAUUUUGCAAGAUCCAUCAAAAAAAGAUACCUUGUACAAGAUGGAUUUGGAAAGAGGUAAGGUUGUGGAAGAAUGGAGAGCAAAAGAUAAUGAGAUUGUUCAGUUUGGUCCUUCUAAAAAGUUUGAUCAGUUAACAAACGAACAAACAUUCUUGGGACUUUCUAAAAACAGUAUUUUUAGAAUGGAUCAAAGGAUAAAUGGGCCAGAUAAGAUUGUAACUGACGAGCAAAAAUCUUACAAGUCUCCCAAUAACUUCAGUUCUGUUUGUUCAACACAAUUAGGGCUAGUUGCUGUAGGCUCAGAAACUGGUGAAAUCAGACUGUACGAUAAGAUUAACAUGAGGGCUAAGACAUUAAUACCCGCCCUUGGUCAACCUAUAAGGCACUUAUGUGCUUCCGCAGAUGGUAAAUGGCUACUAGCAACCUGUAAAAGUAGCUUACUUUUAGUAGAUACGGAGAUUAAAUCGGGCAAAAAUGCUGGCUCUUUGGCUUAUAAUAAGCCAUUUUCCAAAGGCGACAUGCCGAAGGUAUAUGUGUUGAAAGUUGAUGCUGCGACAGCGAUGUAUAUGCAGCAGCAGAGUGGCAAGCCCAUAAGUUUCACGAAGGCUUCGUUUAACACAGGUAUCGGAACAAAAGAACAGACAAUUUCGACUUCAACGGGACAGUUUGCGAUGGUAUGGCCUAUUAUAAACAUUUUACGUGGUAAGCGGUCCCCUUAUGUUAUCAGAAAAUACGCGUCUCCAGUUAUGGAGGAAGGCUUUAAAUUUGGGUCCGAUAAUAACCUGAUCGUGACCUUAAAAGAUGAUGUUGCAAUGGUGAAUAAGCGGUCCUUUAAAGCACCAAGCAAAAAGAUAUUCACAAGUGAACCCAUUUUAAAAAACCGGGAUAAGUCAGUUGACUGA